UUUCUUCGGGUGUGGUCGAGUUUCAGAUCUUCCGGGAUGGACGUGAGGUAUUUAAGAGAGCAAAAACGGUGGAAUCGAAUCACACAACGAUCCCAACAGCUCUCCCUCCAGUCCACCUACAAAUAAAACUUAGCAAAAUGAUCAAGACGGUGUUGAUUGUUUGCUUUUUGGCUGUCGCUCUGGCUGCCCCGGCUCCCGAGGAAAUCCUGAGUUACGACGCUCAAGAUCAUAAACACUCGCAGACUGGAGAUGCCGGCAAUGCUGUCACGGGAUCCUACAGCUACACCGCUGAUGGUAAGACAUUCACCAUCAACUACGAAGCCGAUGAGAAAGGCUAUCGAGCAACUGGAGACCAUCUGCCAGUGGCCCCUGAAGUUCCAGUAGCACCUGCAGUUGCCGCUCCCGAAGUUCCAGUUGUUGAGGCUAAAUCUGUCCCCGUCAUUUCAACUGUGGCUCUUCCAGUACCGACGUUUCCCUUUGGUUACUACGCCCAUGCUCCCCAUUUCGGUUACAGUUAUGGAAUGAACUACGCUUAUCCAGGCUUCUCCUACUACCUUUAAAUUUGUCUAAAAAAAAAAAUGCUUCCUCAUCUACUGUUACCCGGUUACCUGGAUUUAA